GAUUUUUCGCAAAUAAUGGAGAAUGAACAAAUGGAAUCUAUAAUAAUGAUUGGAUAAUAGAAGUACAUUUUUUCAUGCAAACAGAUCGCAACGACUCUCACCAAUUCUGAAUUUACCAAUUUGGGAGAGUAUAACUGUAUAAGCAGGCUACGGAGGAAGGGAGGGUGGGUGAAAGCAGAGAAGAAAAAGAAGGCAAAGGCACUCCAGACUCCAGUGGGAAAGGAAAACCCCAAAAGCAGGGUAGGGUUCCGUUUUGUAGGGUCGCCACUCGUCAAAAGCUGUAAAUUCGCGCUAUUUUUAGUGCUGCAUAUACUUCACUUUCUCAUUCAUGGCGGUCGAGAAGGGACCGAAUUUGAAUCAAUCUGGUGAUUGUCGUAAUGGUGCGGACGAGGAGGAGGAGCCUUGGAAGGAGAAAAGCAUGGCUAAACCUCCGACGCCGGUCACCAACAAUCGGACUUGGUUUACUCCAAAAAGGUUGCUUAUCAUUUUCUGCAUCAUCAACCUAAUAAAUUACCUCGACAGAGGAGCUAUAGCAAGCAAUGGUGUAAAUGGGAGCCCUAGGGUAUGCUCAAAAAAUGGUACAUGCUCGCCCGGAAGCGGAAUUCAAGGCAAUUUUAAUCUGACUAAUUUUGAGGAUGGUGUUGUAUCUUCUGCUUUUAUGGUUGGACUUCUUGUGGCCUCUCCUAUAUUUGCAUCUGCAGCUAAGAGUUUCAAUCCAUUUAGGCUAAUUGGAGUUGGUUUGGCAGUAUGGACAGUUGCAGUAGCUAUUUGUGGUUUUUCAUUUAACUUUUGGUCCAUUGCGAUUGCUCGCAUGUUUGUUGGUGUUGGUGAGGCUUCAUUCAUAAGUCUUGCUGCUCCAUUCAUUGAUGACAAUGCCCCGACUGCUCAGCGAACAAUGUGGCUGGGAGCCUUUUACAUGUGCAUACCAACUGGCGUUGCUGUGGGGUAUGUUUAUGGUGGAAUGAUGGCUCACUAUGGUUGGCGUUGGGCGUUCAGGGUAGAAGCACUUAUUAUGCUUCCUUUUGUUAUUCUAGGCUUUGUAAUGAAACCAUUGGAUUUGAAAGGGUUCAAUGCUGGAUUGAAAAAACCAUUGACAGUAGGACCUGAUGGCUCUGCAGAUCAAGGUGGUGAUAUUUCCCAAAGGCAAGUGGCCACAAGUGAAAAUUCCAAACCUUCAAGGUCGAAUCCAUUGAGAGUAUUUUGGAGAGAUUUGAAAUCUCUAUUGCGUGAGAAGGUUUUCGUGGUGAAUGUUCUUGGAUACAUUGCCUACAAUUUCGUCAUAGGUGCUUAUUCUUAUUGGGGCCCUAAAGCAGGCUACAAUAUAUACCAUAUGAAAAAUGCAGAUUAUAUGUUUGGAGGUGUUACAGCAGUCUGUGGAAUAUUAGGCUCUCUAAUAGGUGGUUUUGUUCUUGAUAGUGUCUCCUCAACAAUCUCGAAUGCUUUUAAGCUUCUAUCCUUUACGACAUUGGUUGGGGCAGUGUUCUGCUUUGGUGCCUUUUGCCUUAAGGGCCUAUAUGGCUUUUUGGCCUUGUUUGCCAUAGGAGAGCUGCUGGUAUUUGCAACUCAGGCCCCUGUAAAUUUCGUGUGCCUUCAUUGUGUUAAGCCUAGUCUCAGACCAUUGUCGAUGGCAAUGUCAACUGUAUGCAUCCACGUAUUCGGGGAUGUGCCGUCUUCUCCCCUCGUUGGGCUUCUCCAGGAUCACAUCCAUAAUUGGAGGGCCACUGCUCUUAUUUUAACAUCUAUUCUGUUCAUCGCUGCUGCAAUCUGGUUUAUAGGGAUUUUCUUUAACAGUGUAGAUAGAUCCGACGAAGACGAGUCUAUAGUUGCAAAUCCAACAACUCCUUUAGAGAAGACCACAGAAACGACAUGAUGAUCCAUUAGACAAAGUUCUUGGACCUUCCAUCGACUUGUACAUACAAAUCGUAAGAAUCCAUCUUGUGCUUACGAUCUUUCCGAAACAAACUUUAACUUUGAGCAUUAGUUGGCUGGUUGAUGUUUUUAGCACUUGCUUUGUCUUUGCCAGUUUUGUUGGGAGAUAAAUUGUCUCCACUGCAUUGAGUAUGUUGGUAUAGUUUGAUUUAGCUUUCUGUGGAUC